UCCGCGACUCGUGCACGCUACUCUUGUUAGUAACAUCACGCGUACUCGAAUUACAAUUAGUAACCGAGUGGUGCCCAUUAUUCAGUACCGGUGUGUCGUUGUGUUAAAAUGAGCAAGGAAUUAAAAUACAGCCAUCCCUUCAUCGACGGACUGAAAAAUGUGCCGGACAAGAAGAAGGAGCUGCAAAAGAUCAGAGCCUGGAUGAACACCCAGCCCCACCUGCCCGUCAUCUCGGACGAGUACAUCUUCCUCUUCUUGCACGCGUGCUACUAUCAAACCGAGAAGACCAAGACCUCCAUCGAAAACUACUUCACAAUCAGAUCAAACAACCCCCUGAUAUUCGGCAACAGAGAUGCCUACUGUGACCGCAUGAAGGUCAUCAUGGAUUUGGCACAUUUGGUUAGGUUGCCCAAAACCACUCCUGAAGGUUACAGGGUGUUGUUGUACAGCGUCCGUGAUCCGGAUCCGACCAAGGUCAACUUUGCUGAUGGCGUUAAAGGAUUUUGCAUGUACAACGACUGCAUUUUGUCCGAAGAUGGACUACAAGAAGGUUACGUGGUACUUUUUGAUAUGAAGGGUGUGUCGAUUGGUCACUUGGCUAGGGUCAGCCUCCCCGCAUUGAAGUGCUUCAUGGCUUACAUACAGGAAGCCCAUCCAUGCAGACUUAAAGGCAUCCACGUCUUGAACACCGCCCAUUGGAUCAACCACAUCAUGAGGAUGGUCGUACCUUUGGUCAAGUCCGAAGUACUAGGGUUGGUCAAGUUCCACAAAGGUUGCAUACCUGAGGGAAUCCCACAAGAAAUCCUGCCCUUGGACUACGGCGGUGAAGCCCCGAGUGUAGAAGAACUGGACAGUGAUACGAAGGCGUUGACUGCAAAGUACCGUGACUGGUUGAUCGAAACUGAAAACUUCGUCACUGACGAAUCGAAGAGGAUAAAGAAGGCUUCGUUUUGGUCCUUGCUCACUGGCAACAACAACUCACAGAAAAUGGACGAGAAAACAUUCCUGAAGAACUUACAGAUUGAUUGAAAGCGGACCACACCGUAAUUGUUGUUUGUUGUUAGGUUAACUAAUUAAUUGGGUUCUACCAGGACUCUAGGUUAAAGUAUAUUACUUAACUAAUUGGAAGUUUGUUGAUUAUUAUUGUUAGAUUAUUAUUAUUUUUUUGUAUAUGCGCAUGUACUAUUGUAAAUUAAGGUUAUUAGUCGGUUUUUUGUAUACUCCAUAAAAUUCUGUUAAUAAAAAUUUUAUUUAUUGA